UCAGGGAUGUCCAAGCUCUCGCUUUCAGGAACAGGUUACAAGCUACAUCAACAGAUUACGAAGGCCCUUCAACGAUGUUCAGACACUAUUCGGAACACUAUCAAUUGGUACAACACUCAGGCCGCUGCUUUGGUCCCACCUAGGCCAAAACCAGCAUGGAAGGAUAUUGUCAAAUACAGCUUUCUUGGUGAAUUUGACUUAUUGUGUCACUUGCGUACUGACAUUCAAGAUGCUGACUGGACUGCACCUGCUCACCGUGAAGCCACAGUGAAAUACUUCAAGCUCCAACGGGCUCAUGAAAAAAUACAGUGUCUGGAUAUAGAAGUCCGUCGUCUACGCAUGGCAAUACACGCUGAGAAAAUCAAGACCAACACAACCAUAGAACAACUCCUUGCCACAAAUCCUCCGCUUGCUGUGGAGCUGAGAAGGCAGUGGCAG